GUGGAGCACAGCAUGCUUGUGGAGUCUUUACGCACCAACCACAGAGGAAGAAGCUCGCCACUCUCUCCAGCAACACCGGACUUUUUUCGCUUUACUUUCACUUUGGACUUGUUAACCACACCUUCUCGUGUGUUCCCAUGUGAUUAGUACAUCCUUUUAGGAGCAGGGCGCUUCUGGCUAACCCCUGCUCAGGUCACGGUGACCAUCAUGAACACGAUGUAAACAUUGCGAGGAGGAGGAGAAGAAGAGGAGGAAACGCAUUCUACUUUUUUUUUAUAUUUAGAAACUGAAAUUAUGAUCCCGCCGGCCAACUCUGCCCAGGAGGAGAGUUGCGGGGGAAAAGAAGACGAGCAAAAUGAGACUCCCAAAUCCCCGAGCAACACUUCCAACCAAGAGACUAAGAAUACUGCGAGGCCUGAACAUCCCAAACGGAAGCUUCAGAAGCUCAAGCGCUCGUUGUCCUUCAAAACCAAAAGCAUCCGCAGCAAGAGCGCCGACAACUUCUUCCGAAGCGGCGGCGACAACAAGACGGAGCUCCUCUCCGAUGUGAGCGGCAGCACGGGGCACCUGUACAACAUCGGCACCAGCGGCCCGUCCAUCCCGCCCGUGCCCCCCGCCAUCCCUUGCGCUCCUCCCCCCACGUCGCGUUCGCAGACACGCAACCCUCUGCAGGUGGACUCGGCCGGACAUUGCUUCAUGGAGCACAUCUUCAAGAAGCCCACCUUUUGCGACGUUUGCAACCACAUGAUCGUAGGUACUACAGCCAAGCACGUGGUGUUCCUGGCGGGCAACACGGCUAAGCACGGCCUCCGUUGCAAAGCCUGCAAGAUGAGCCUUCACCACAAGUGCGAGAACGGCGUCGGGCAGCAGCGCUGCAUGGGCAAACUGCCUAAAGGCUUCCGGCGGUACUACAGCUCGCCGUUAUUAAUUCAGGAACAAUACGGCUGCAUCAAAGAAGUCAUGCCCAUCGCUUGCGGGAAUAAAGUCGACCCAGUCUACGAGGCCCUCAGAUUCGGGACGUCGUUGGCACAAAAAUCCAAACGGGCCAGUGGCUCCGAAUCUCCACAAAGAAAUUCGACCAGUGACUUGGAUAACGUCCCGGAGGAAGCGGUGGCCCACGGCAGCCGCCAGGCACUGUCGAGAAAACACAGCGAUGAUGUUUUCACGGUUCUGGAAAACGGGGCUGAGCACUACCGACAUCAGCCGGAGAGAACACCCCACGAUUCUGAGCUGGAAGACAGCCAGCUUCACCAAGAUGCACUCCGGCUCAACACCUACGUGGCCUUGUACAGUUUUACUGCCCAGGAGAGCCAUGACUUGGAGAUGAGGGCAGGUGACCGAAUUUUACUUAUUGACGAAUCCAACGGUGAUUGGUGGAAGGGGGUGAUUGAGGACAGGAUCGGUUUCUUCCCGGCAUCCUUUGCGCAUCAAUUGCGGGUGGGGGAUCAGAUUUUCAGGUGUAACAGGACCUUCAUCGGCUGCAGGGAGCAGGGCCAGAUUACGCUGAAGGAGGGACAGAUCUGUGUGAGCAGUGAGGACCAAAGCAACGGCUUCAUCAGGGUGGCAAGCGGCAAGAAACGAGGCUUCGUGCCCUGUGACGUUCUCGAUAUUAUGUGAGGCGGAAACAAGCUCGAGAGGUGACGAGCGAGGGAUGGCCGCGUCCGCGGGACCUGAAGGACAAACGAGGUCAAAGCUGCUUAUGAGGUGGGACGGCUGAUGUCUUCAUGGCAAAACGUGGACGAGAAGCAGGACAGACGCACAUGACAAUACGAGUGCUGCCUUGGCUGCUAUCACUGGAUUUCAUCUUUUCAUUUCAACUUUCAACAAAGCCAUAAAAUGGCUGGCUUUUAUUGAGUUGUGGAUUGCAUUGUCAAAGAAAAAAAUAUGUCAUCAAUAAGGUUUGACUACAGGAGGAUGAAAAUGCAAGAAAAAGAAGAAAGU